UUCACUUCAAACGACUAUUUUUCUCCCUACAUACUUUUGUCUAAUAUAAAUGCAAUGACUGCAAUUCAAUGGAUAAGACAACAGGAUAUAUACCACAGUUCUUGACUGGUUAUAAUGGGCCAAGAUCAAGCACAUCUCGAGCWUUUCAAGUACUUGUACGUGGAAUUGGUGAAGCCAAAUCAAAAUAUGAAGAGGAAAAAAUCAUCAAAGAAGAAUUUUCUGUUUUGAAAGAAAAACUUGGUCAACCUWCAUCAUCUAAACAGAUGAGGGAAUACCUUCUCCGCCUGAUCUACUGUGAAAUGCUUGGUGUAGAUGCAUCAGCAUUUCAUAUACAUGCCAUUAACUUUGCGCAACAAAGAAAUCUACAUGACAAAAGAAUUGGAUAUCUUGCUUUAUCUAUAUUUCUACAUGAAAAUCACAGCCUUAUUCUUCUUCUGAUAAACACUUUACAAAGGGAUUUAACCAGCACCAAUGUUCUUGAAGUMUGUUAUGCUUUGGCUGCAGUCAAUAAACUAAUCAAUGCUGAGAUGAUCCCAACUGUUUUACAGCAAGUUCUUGCUCUUCUAGAUAGCAAAAGGGACAUCAUUCGUAAGAAAGCCAUCAUGGCCCUACAUACAAUCUACAAAAAGAGUCCUUCAUUAGUCCCAGAUAUAAGUCAAAGAGCCAUCAAGGCACUAAAUGAUGGUGACUUCAGUGUUUCAACUGCAGCCCUACAUGUCUUAUAUGAUCUUAUAUCGGUUGAUCCUGUUCCCUACAAAAGCCUCGUCCCAGYAUUUGUAUCACUUCUCACUAAGAUUAUCAGUGGCAAGCUGAACCAAGAGUUUGAUUUCCAUAAAAUUCCUGCACCAUGGGCUCAAAUAAAACUCUUGAGAAUUCUAUCACUUUUAGGGGCAUACGACUCACAGUAUAACUAUACAAUUUUAUCUAAAGGUAAUGAAGACGAAGAGAUUGAAGAAGAGCUCCGACGUUUUGCCGUUAUAUCUUACAUGGAUUUGUUGGRCAAACCAGUCUUGCCGGAUAUUUUAGUUCAAGUUAUAAGCUGGAUUUUAGGCGAGUAUUCGUACGCUGCAUCUGAAAUAGAUCCUGAAUCAGUCAUCGAAAAACUCUGCAGUCUGUUGGACAGAAACUACACAGAUCCAUCAACCAAGAGAUGGAUUGUAACAUCGAUUGGUAAACUAAUAUCCCGUAUGAAUGGGCAAAUUCCAGGCAGUACACACAAGGCGCUACUCCAAUUAAGUAAUGACAAAGAUGUUGAUAUCAGACAGCGGUGUCACGAAAUCAGCGUUCUAGCGAAAGAUCAAAGAAUGAUGAAGACCGUUUUACCAGAAGAUGCGAGCUGUGAAGACCUUGAGGUUGAUUCAGGUUUGUCCUUUCUGGAUGAUUUCGUGACGAGGGCUUUACAAAAUGGUGCUAGUCCGUAUAAACCAGAAUCAGAACGAACCAAAGAACAACAUGAAGCAGAUAAAGAAUUAAAAACCGUCGAAUCAACACUAAAAAUGACACCAUACGAACUGCCUAAACGUCCAAAAACAACUCCUUUACAACCAACACCCACAUCAUCACAAGAGUUGACUCCACAAAAAGUUAAAGAAAAGGUCAAAAAUCCUAAACAAAAAGAAGAAACAACGGCGCUAUCGAGGCCACUUUCUGGAGUAAAAGGACCUUGGGGUCCUAAAGGUUACACAAAAUCACCCGUAUCAGGAUCGGUAGACUCCGGUAGCAGGUCAGGCUCAUCGUCAAAAAGCUCGGGUUCAGAGCGGCCAGCCGUUGUCAAGACUGUUGCAGAGUCGACACCAAGCCCCGUCGUUUUCGCUCACGAGGAGAAAAGUAAGCAAGUUGUCGACGACAUCUUCAAAGGAGUCGGCAACACCUCCUCAAAACAACAAAACCAAAGACGGACUCGAGGGAACACUCGAACAACUCGUCCUUCCAAUCGAAUUCGAAACUCCGACAAUUGGGAUUUGGCGAGUCCUGGUAGCGCCCCCGCACCUCCUCCAAGAAAAUAUCUCCAAAACAACCCUAAAGGGGAUAAGACGGAGAUUGAUUUACUGUUGGACUUGGGUCCUAGGGAUACAACGGACGAAACUUCCCGGGAUGAGCAUACUGAUAACAAGGAACUGGUGACUAAUGAACAUCAGCUGCUGAAUUGUUCUGAGGAUCAGCAAGACAAUACUGGAAAUAGUGACUCUGACAUUGCUUCUGGUGUCAGUGCAAAACCAAAUGAAAAAAAAUUCGAUUCUAUUUUACUUGACGAACAGAGAGAAAGUGGUGMUAGUGUACAAUUAGAUCAGCCGAUUGAUUCCUCGGCAAUAAGUAUAUCUUCAAAUAAGAGUUCGUCKGAAAAUCUUCUCGAUGCCGACAUUGUAGAGAAUGUGCCUCAUUUUAAUCUAGAAGAACCACCRUCUUCUAACUUGACAAUACCAGAAGAUUUGCAGGAUUUUCCUUGUGCGACAAGUAAGACAGAACUUUGYAGUGACGCAAAUUUACGAGUUAUUCUUCAAAAAGUCUACAAACCGGAUGAACUGGUUUUGGUUUUGUUUUUAACCAAUCAAAGCCARGGAAACUCACCAGUGACAAAUGUGGUAACCGUGCUUGAGACGUCUUCAAACCUUCGAGCGUCUUUCGAUUCGACGAACGAUAAUCGAUUCGUGGAUCAURUUCUAGAGCCUUUGUCAUCGAUAACUCACUGCGUCGGGUUGAAAUACAAGUCACCAGCCUUGCACAUGACACUUGGUGGCAAGAUUACUUAUAAAGACUAUACCAAUACAGCAAAGACUCUAUUUAUAAGCACUACACUGCCCCUUAGAGAUCUUGUUCGUUCUCUUACCAUCGACACCGACUCUUUUGGGGCCCAAUGGAGUGAAACACCGUUCGAGAAACGCCAGAGUAUUAGUACUAAUAUUAGUAGCACUGACAAAUUUGUUGAACUGAUGGAAGAAGGUCUUGGUUUGAAGAAAGUAGAUAUUAUCGAUUCAAAGAUUAUAGCUGCUGGAACUAUACUUCAAGGUCCUGUAUGUUUACUGCAUGGAACUGUGGACCCUUCAGGGACUCUGGAUAUCCGGAUCAAAACGAACAGUCAAUUGCUAAGUGAGGCAUUUAUAAAACAAUGUACUACUAUUUUUAAGUAAUAUAUUCAACCGACUAUAUCGGCGGAUAUCAACGAUGGAUAAGAAGAGAGGUUCUGUAAUAAAGAAAUGUUUUAAAUAUC